AUGGUGCGGCGCCGCUCCAUCCGCUCGAUCCGCUCACGCUUUGGUUCUGUUUGUUGGCUGCUUCUGCUCUUGUGCGGCCGCCGAGCUCUUUUGGCAUUUCUACAGAGCGAGAAUCACCCGGAGGAGGGCAGUGGCGAUGCAGGCAGUGACCUUGCCCUUACCUCAGAGCGAGCCGUGCUUCCUGCCGAGGUGCUUCCUGACCGUUAUGACCUGGACCUUGAUCUCGACCCAGAGCACUUGGACACCUUUUCGGGUUCCGUCGCGAUCGGUCUUGAGGUGACAAGCGCCACACCGUUUAUCACUCUCAAUGCGCGUGCUCUCUCAAUCGACUUCAAGUCUGUCGCUUUCCAGCCAGAGUCGGCGGAGGCGGUGCUAAAUCCUAUCGACACGACGGAGGAUGCCGAGCUCGAAAGGGUCAUCUUCCACUUCAGCGAAAACCUCCCCCUCGGCCGUGCAACUCUACGAAUCAGUUACGCGGGUCAGCUGGGCCAGGACAUGGCCGGUUUGUACAGCAGCCGGUACAAGAGCCUGCAUGGCUGGAAGUCCAUGGCACUGACUCAGUUCGAAGCUGUCGAUGCGCGGCGCAUGUUCCCAUGCUGGGAUGAGCCCAGCAAGAAGGCCGUUUUUGGCCUCAGCGUCAGCAUCCCUGCGGCCCUCGUUGCGGUCUCCAACAUGCCCAGUGCAUCUGAGACGACGAUCAGCAGGAACAAGAAGAGGGUGACCUUCUUGGAUACUCCGCGGAUGUCCAGCUACCUGUUGGCUCUUGCUGUGGGCCGGUUCGAUUCCAUCCAGGCACAGACGGAGAGCGGCACCCUGAUCCGUGUCUUGACGGUGCCUGGCCAAGCCAUCUUGGGAGAGUUUGCCCUUGACAUCGCCCGGAAGAGCUUGGUCUACUACGAGACCUACUUCGAGGCUCCCUACCCCUUGCCGAAGCUGGACAUGCUGGCAGCGCCCGACUUUGCAGCAGGAGCCAUGGAGAACUGGGGAUUGGUCAUCUACCGGGAGGUGGACCUCCUCUGCAACGUCUCCACCAUCAGCGUGGCGCGGAAGGUACGGAUCGCCACAGUGGUCACGCACGAGCUGUCUCACAUGUGGUUCGGGAACCUGGUAACCAUGGAGUGGUGGGAGCAGCUCUGGCUCAAUGAGGGCUUUGCCAACUGGAUGCAGACGCACGCUGUGAACACGCUCUUCCCGGAGUGGCAUAUCUGGGAGCAGUACGUAGUGCAGGAGCAGAGUCGCGCCUUGAGCCUGGACGCACUGCGGAGCUCCCAUCCCAUCGAGGUGCCCAUCCGCAACGCCAAGGAGGUGGACGAGGUCUUUGACGCCAUCUCCUACUGCAAGGGCGGAUCCAUUGUGCGGAUGCUGACUGGGGUGCUGGGCCAAGACCACUUCCGGGAGGGCUUGCGUCUCUAUAUGAAGCGCUUCGAGUACAAGAACACUGCCUCCUCAGACCUGUGGACCUGCUGGGAAGAGGUUUCGGGGAUACAGCUGAGAGAGAUGAUGAACUCCUGGACGCGACAGCAGGGCUUCCCCGUGCUGACCGUCAACGAAUCGCUGGACUCUGGUGUCAGAGGUACACGGAGACUCACCGUGAAGCAGCAAUGGUUUCUGGCUGAUGGAAGUGCGCUGCCUGGAGACAGCGACAAGCUGUGGCAGAUCCCUUUGCUGCCCGGGCCUCUCAAGGAGGCUGCAAAUGGCAAGCAGCCCUUGGCUUUGCUGGACAAGAAGUCGGACUCCUGGCAAGUGCCGGCAAACGCUGCCACCUGGAUCAAGUUCAACUUUGGCCAGCUAGCGCCAUACCGGGUGCUGUAUGCUAGCCAGAACUUGAGGUCUCAGCUCAGCAAGGCCGUUCGCUCCGGCGAGGCUUCCGCGGUAGACCGCAUUGGUUUGCUGAUGGACGCCAUGGCUUUCGCGAAGCAGGGCCAGCAGCCCAUCCGUGAGCUCCUUCGCUUAUUGGCGGCUUUCAAAGGCGAGAAGAGCGCUCACGUCUGGGAAGCCCUGAACACCGUCCUGCGCACCUUGCACCGGACGGUGCUGGCGAUCCAGAGCACGGAGUACACCUUGGCCCUCCAGGAGGCGGUGGGCAACGGGCUGCUGCGGGGCGCCCUUCGGGAGGCCAGCACCUUCUCGGCGCACGAAAGCGACUUGGUCCGACAGAAGCGGGCCUUGGUGAUGGCCUUGGUCGCUCGAUACAUGCCCCAUGACCGGGAGGUUCGGGAGGAGGCGCAGAAGAAGUUCGAUGCUUGGUUGGAGGCACCGACCUUAUCGCUGAAGCAGGAGCUUUUGCCCGACGAUCUCAAGACAUCUAUCUUCAGAAUUGUUCUCUCCAAUGCCAAUGGAAACACGCAGUACCAAGCUCUUCGGCGUUACGUGAAGGGGUCAGACACCCCUCAAGCUGUCCGCCUGAGCAUCUACAAAGCGCUUGGAGCCGCUUCGCGGAAAGACCUGCGAAUGAAGACGCUGGACAUGGCAAUGGGGGGCCGCAAUGGUGUCCGCUUGCAGGACAUCAUGUACCCCAUUCAGGGAGUCGCAGCCAUGGAUCCAGAUGGCGCCCAGAUAGCUUGGCGAUGGUUUUUGCAGCGUCGCCGCGCCAUUACGAGUCGCCUGCGAGGAGCCAACGUGCGUCUCCUGGGAUCAGUGAUUGACUGUGCCGCCGGGGCUCUGCCCGACAAGUCUCACGCCAAUGCCGUGGAGGCCCUCUUCGAGCAGCACCCGGUGCCUGGCUUAGAGCGCAGCAUUGCGCAGUUGGUGGAGGCGAUCCGCACGGAAGCAAAGUUCGUCGCGCGGAUGGAGGAUGAGAUGGGUCAGCCGGAGAUGAAAGAAGUUUUAGAAGCCUUCCAGGUCCAGGCGAUCGGCGCCGUCCUUGCCACAGCUGCUUCCACAGUGGCAGCCACACAGCUGACGCAUGCGGCCCAAAGUCGGUACACGCACAUCUCGAUGAUGGCCUUGCUGCUGCCAUUGGCACAUCUUCUGGCAAGAGGCGAACGCUACAUCGCCAGCUUGAGGGAUGUUUGCGUGUUCCUGCCACUCUGGGUGCUGUCCAACUACUCCCUGACACAGGCGCUCGCGCUCGCGCCGGCUGGAGUGGUGCAAACGCUGUUUGGCACAGGCCCAUCACAGGUUGCAGUACUGAGCCGUAUUUUCCUUGCCGAGCGCUUUACUUUCACGAGAACAGUGGCUGUUCUUUUGGCUUUCGCAGGAGCUACUAUUUUGGCUUCAAGAUCGGGAUUUCAGCGCCAGUCCGGAGAGAACGUCGGCUUCGGUUCUUGUUUCGCGCUUGCGGCCGUCUUUGCUUCGGCUAGCUACAAGGUGUCCUUCAAAGUGCGCUUGGGCACACCACCCCCGCAUGUGGUGCUGGGAACUGUUGGAACCCUGGGGGCUGUUACAGCCGUUUUGGGCCUUCCCCUGGUGCUUCUGUUGGCGGAGCUGGGCGCGGAGGAUCGGUGGUGGAGCCGUUCGGCUGCUGUCAACUGGCCGCUGGUCAUCGGAAGCGCAGCGGUGGACGUCGUCUACAACACCUCCAUUGCUUGGGGACUUGCUUUUGCCAGCCCGGUGUUCAUCUCCGUGGGCGUGGUGGUUGGAACACCGGUCAACAUGUUCAUUGACGCCACGCUACACGGCGAGAUGCCAAGCCUGGCGCAGUAUGUCGGAGCCGCCGUGAUCGCCGUGUCCUUUGCGCUUUUGGUAUGCGUGCCUACCUCGCGUUCUGAGAUGACCGUGCACAGCACGUCUUCGGAUUCGUUAGUCCUGUCGGCUCGCGAAGGUGGAAGCACCUGA